AGUGGCGCGGUUAAGCCCUUUUCAUGAAAGCAGCCGUCUAACAAAACGUCAUCAGAUCUCUUAUGACCCUCCCGUGAUCACAUACCAAAAACUCACAAAACCGGAAGCUGUCUGAAUACAAACAUAUGAUUGUACAAAUUACCGCAGCGAUUUGUUUUACUGUAUUAAUUUAAAAAAAAAUGCACGAAGAAUUUCUAUAUGAAAACGCUUGAAAAUGGAUGAACGCAGUCCACUACUCAUCCACCGAUAUAGCGACAGCGCUGACUUGCCUAACCCCAACCUGAGACCAAGGCACCGGGAGCUGAUUCCCACUCCCUGCGGUCCAAUCAAGCCCUGGUCGGAGCUGACAUGCCUGGUGAAGCUGUAUUACUGCCUGACCAUCGUCUCUCUGCUAGCAGUGCUGGCAGUCACUGCUGUGAACAUUUACAAGCAGAUUCAGGAUCCGCUUCACCACGAGGAUUUUACCAUCUCCCUCGUACAGCUCGUGGGAAUCUUGUUCUGCUGUUACUAUGUGACCCGUGGGAUUCUGCAGGAGAACCGCCAGGAGCUCAUCGUCUUCGUGGCGAGCGUCGUGCUGGUGAUGAUGCGCUCGGUUGUUAACUUCGCCGUCCUCCCCGCUCCCGAAAAGGACAGCCUCAUUCUGGUGCGGUUCGUGUGCAUCGUGUGCAUCGGGCUGUUCCACGUGAUCUGCAGCACGCUCCUCAUCCGGAGCUCCAACAUGAUGGCGUUCCGUGUGGGCGGGGCUCUGGAGAGCCUGCAGGAGCAGUACUUCCUGCUCAAUGUCUGCUUCUCCAUGGUAACCUUCGACCUGCAGGCCCAGAUCUGCCUGUGCAUCUUGGUGCUGACCUCAGGCAUCUACCACAUCUCCUUUUCCCACAGCAUCAUCCUGGGCUUUGGGAUCUUCUGGGCGUGCCUUACAUCCACUGUAGGGAUGAUAGCGGUCUUAAAAGAAUUGAAGCCUCUUGUCUGGGUUUUUGUCCUCCAGAACUUACCAGAAUUGGCCUAUCUCAUUUUUUUACUGUAUCAGAUUAUAAAAGAAUGGGGAGCAGGGGGGUCGUACGCCCUGGAAGCUGCUGCAAUUACCGGCUCCAUCAUCUCCGUGGUGAUCAAAGGCGUCCUCUUCUGGUCCUUGACUCGGCUGUAUCGGAGCUUUGGGCAGGGGCUGCGUGAGAGGAUGUUUGCUUCUGAGCAGUAGCAGAGCAUUGUUUCCUGAUUUGAAGAUGACAUCACUGUGCCCAAGCUGUGUGGCAAAGUUCUGACCACCAUGGGGUGCCAGCACAGCAAGCUGUACAGCAGGACUGCUCUCAUGAACUGAUUGCUCAAUUCAAGGAAUGGAAAUCGGAGAUAAAUGGAGGUUAUGAGUAAUCUCAAUGAGAUGCUCCAACCAGGUGGUUUGUCGCAUCUUAUGUACAGACGGUGCACAAGAAUUAGAAGAAACACAGUUGCAGUUUUGUGGUUUACUGCAUUAUCAUCAUUACCGUAACACCAAACCUCAGACAAAUUCCUUCCCAAGACUUCUUUCUGUGUUUCAGCCAAAACAGAAAAAGAAGCGUAAAGGUAUUUUUAUACGGAUGAAACUGUUCAAGAAUAUCAGAAUGCACCCAUUUUGUUCACCCAUUACUGUCGUGGUCCACUCAAAAUUAAAACAACCCAGCCCACCUUAAAAAAAUGAUACUGAACCAAAUCUCAUAGUAUGACGUUCCCAAUAAGCAGAAGUGCCUCGUUUACCUCUAUUUCCCUCGUUUACCUAAGAUUUGUCCUUAGCGAACCCAUUACAUUGUUUAUGGCUGCAAAGAGAAACCCCAGUCCAACACAAAGCCAUGCUUUCAAAAAAUCACUAGAUUGAGGAGUGGGUCUUAAUUCUGUACAAUACAAAUGCUGUAAUAACUGCAUGAUAUAUAUUUUUAGAUAAGAUCCAGUCAGGUUUUCUACAAAUCUGCCAAACAUUUAAUGUGUUAAAAGGUUGAAGGUUUAGUUUGGGAGAUAACAGCAUUGCCCGUUAAGCCCUAGGAUAUGUUUUUAAUUUGGUUAAAAGCAUCGUCCCUUCCAGUGAGAUCUUUUAAAAAAAAAAAAAACCCUGACCUAAAAACAUUGCAUAAACAGUGCAUGUUGU